AUGAGUCAACUGCCUCGGUCCCGCGUUACACCAUUCGUUAGACCCUUCACAUUUGUGGGCAUAGACUACUUCGGGCCCUACCUAGUGAAGAUCGGUCGUAGUACAGUUAAACGGUGGGUAGCGAUAUUCACAUGCCUAACCGUACGGGCUAUACAUAUGGAGGUAGUGCAUUCGCUUUCUACCGAUUCUUGUAAGAAAGCAGUUAGGCGGUUCAUCGCUCGCAGAGGAGCACCACAAGAAGUCUAUACGGAUAACGGGACGAAUUUCAUCGGCGCGAGUAGAGAGUUGGAAGAUGAGUUGCGGAACAUCAACGUUAGCUUGAGCAGCACAUUCACGGAUACCAAUACCCAGUGGCGAUUCAACCCUCCCUCAGCUCCACACAUGGGCGGAUGCUGGGAGCGCAUGGUCCGAUCCGUGAAGACCGCACUGGGAACCCUAUUGGAAUCAAGGAAAUUGGACGACGAGUCUUUCAUGACACUGUUGGCAGAAGCGGAGCAUAUGGUCAACUCGCGCCCUUUAACCUUUUUGCCUGUUGACAGCGAGGAGCAGGAGUCGUUGACUCCUAACCAUUUUCUGAUGCUUAGCUCUACUGGAGUGCGGCAACCGAUCAAAGCACCAGCGUGUGAACGAAAAGCAUUGAAGAACAGUUGGGACCUCAUUCAACAGAAGUUGGACGCUUUCUGGAGUCGCUGGAUCUCCGAGUAUUUGCCAGUAAUAUCUCGCCGAUCUAAAUGGUUCAAUCACGUGACGCCUAUCAAGGAAGGAGCGUUGGUUGUUAUAGUCGACGGGAAGAUGCGGAACCAAUGGAUACGUGGACGGGUGAGCCGAACCUAUCCCGGGAAGGAUGGAGCAGUACGUCUGGUGGACGUGAAUACCUCUACAGGGGUGUUGAAGAGAAGAGCAGUUUGCAAGCUGGCCGUUUUGGAUGUCAAAGAUCCCAAGGAUGUGCAACAGGAUGGUCAUGGUGAUGAAGAUAGCGAGGGGCUUCGUGAACGCAGCGGAUAUGGUGUCGUCGAACCAGUGUCCGCACGACACGAGGGGGAGGAUGUUGCGACAGCUUCGUCCAUCGGAGCGCCCCCCGGAAGCUUUGGCGUUUAG